AAGAAUGAGCCUGAAUCGAUUAAAUUAUUUACUAUACGUGUAGUGCAUAUUCCGAAUAUUUUUAACAUGGUGUCUGAUGUUUUAUCUUUAAAGUCGAAUCUUGAUGAAGUUUUGAGUUUUCUUGGAAAAACAAAAGAUGAUCUUGCAAGGGAUGUAAACAUUAUUAGCAAAUGGCUCCAAACGCAAAAUCAUUUACCUGAACUACCAUCAUUUGUGAUGAUACAAUAUUUCUUAAUCAACAACAAAUUUAGUACAGAAAGAACUAAACAAGCUUUAGAUAUGUAUUACUCAGUAAGAAGUCUAAUGCCUAAAAUUUUUCGGAAUUCUGGUCCUACAUCUCCAGCUAUGAAAUAUAUGUAUGAUAAUGUGUCUAUAGCCAUACUACCACAUAUGACACCAAAUCUUCACAGAGUUUUGAUAGCAAAGAUUCUUCCCACUUUAGAAGAGUUUAAUUCGAAUAGUGCAACAACUGCGGCAACCCAUUUUUACGAAAUUAAAAUAUGGGAAGAUAAUUCUGUGGGAAAUCUAAUUUUAAUCGAUUACAGAGAUUUAAGAAUUUCACAUGUUCCUAAAUUUACACGUAAAAUGUUAAAACAAGUCGGUUUCCUUUUUGAGGAAUUAUGGGCUAGUGAUAUGAAAGAAAUGCACAUAAUUAAUGCUCCAAAUUAUGCUGAGUCAUUAAUAACCCUUUAUCGAAAAUAUCUGCACAAAGGACUAAGGGAGAAGAUAUACGUACACAAAGCCAUAGAAGAUUUGUUCAAAUAUAUACCACAAGAAAUAUUGCCUAGGGAGUAUGGUGGCAAAGAAAAACCUCUGUUUGAAUUAUCAAGUAUGUAUCAAAAUCUGCUGAAGCAAUAUCAACAUAGAUUUGACAAACUGGACAACAUGGUUGUCCAAGAAAAUCUGCGUCCCUCUACUAAGAACAAUGAUAUUUUAGGAUACUACGGAAAUUACAUGCAAAUUGAUGUCAACUAAUAAACUAUUUUUACUAAUAAACAAAAAAAAAACAA